AUGCCGAGGUGCUGUCUGAAUCUGGAGAACACACUGCGGGUCAUUGACAGGACAAGCGGGGACGUUCUGAACGAGUAUCGUGGCCACGUAAAUAAGUCGUACAAAGUGGGCAACUGCUUCAGCAACGACGAUGCACAUGUGCUGAGCGGCUCAGAGGACGGGCAAGUCUUCGCCUGGACUUGGUGGAAGAAGACAAGAGAGCCUCCUUCAAAGCACAUGCGAUGA